AUGUUCGAGGACUUUUCUUUCUCCUCGCCGUCAUCACGGCCUGCCCGGCUCGCUCUGGAUACAGAAGACCGGAUAAUGGUCGACGGAGACAGCACAUUGAUUUCCCCGCUGUCAUCUCGCUGUCCAUCGCCGACGCAUCGGUUCCGAACGCUCUCCCGCUCGAGAUCGUCUUAUUUCCGAUCUCAGCAACCGCCCCCAACUUCAGUCCCUUUUCCCUACGAAUCAAAACGUCUCUCAAUAUCGACCCUUACCCAGAAACUACAUGAACAUACUCUCCAGACCCCAAAUGGCGAAUCCGCAGCGCAUCCCCGUCGCUCCGCUCCAUACGCCGGAUACGUCCUCACACCUCCUGAUACCGACCAUGACGACGACGGCCACUAUACCUCUUCGCCUUCUUUAUGCUCAAAUCCCAGCCCAACUUCCAUCCCUCCAGACUUUCCCUCUCUAGACGAUUUUCCCGUCCCCCCUCAAGCAGAUCAUCUCUCUAUCCGGAGACAAAGGCAGCAUAUCUCGCAGAUGCAGUGCAAUCAGGGUGAUAUUGACUCUAUUCGUCAAACUGUUUUUGAGGAUGAUUUUCGUCCUGAGACGGGAGAAGAUGAUUGUCAUCCUAGCUCUUUGCCCGCGCGCGCUUCGCCUCGGCGGAGAGCGUUGACGCAUCGGAGUAGAUUUGGACCUCAGGAUGCGUCGGGGGAUGCGGAUGCGCGGGGAAGGCGGAAGAGCAGUUCUAUUGCUUUGCAGUCGAAUCGGAUCGAGAAGAGCCAUCACCCUUCUUUUGCGGGGAGGGAGACUUCGAAGCGGAAUGAGCAGGGACUACGAAGAAAGAGUAUGGUGACUGCCGCGCUGGCAUCGGUGGUGGAGCGGCCAUGA